AAUUUAUUUAGUAAUCUGUGUUCAGUUGUCAACUGACUUGUUUGGCGUUAUUUUCCCAAUUAUUUCUACAAAACAAAUCCGUACUUAUCAAUACUAUGUUUGAUUAAUUACGUGGUUUUUGUGUUUAGAUUUUGUUUGUGACGUUAAUUGUGGCGUGUUAUUGUUUUAUUUCAAAAGUGGGUCAAUUUUAUUGGACAGGAUUUGGUUACCGGAACUUCAAAAUUGCUUCGUACGAAUUAAUGUUAGAAUCGAAAAGUUGAUAUGGCAGAUAAUGAUGAUUAUUUAGAUUCACUUGAUAAUAAUCACUUGGAAGGAACCAACGGUUCUUUAAACAUGACGGACAGCAGCCUCGGGGGUGGCGAUGAGGCAGCUGGUAGUGAUGUACCUGAUCUGGCUGCCAUCAAGGCUAGAGUUCGUGAGAUGGAAGAAGAAGCCGAGAAACUAAAACAAAUGCAGACAGAAGUUGAUAAACAAAUGAACAUGGGAAGCCCACCAGGACUUACUAGUCCACUGAACAUGUCCAUUGAAGAGAAAAUAGAAGCAGACAACAGGUCUGUUUAUGUGGGAAAUGUUGACUAUGGAGCAACUGCUGAGGAACUUGAACAGCAUUUUCAUGGCUGUGGUUCAAUAAAUAGGGUGACAAUAUUGUGUAACAAAUUUGAUGGCCACCCCAAAGGAUUUGCUUAUAUUGAGUUUGGUGAUAAAGAUAGUGUACAAACAGCCAUGGCUAUGGAUGAAUCAUUAUUUCGAGGACGUCAGAUUAAGGUGAUGCCGAAGCGUACAAACAAGCCAGGUCUGUCAUCAACGAACCGGCCGCCGCGCGGAGUCCGCGGGCGCGGCCGCUCCUUCCGCGGCUUCUCGCCCUACUACUCCAGCUACCGGCCCGUGCGCCGUGGCAGAGGUUUCAGGCGCGGCUCUUAUUACAGUCCGUACUGAGUGCGGUAGAGGGUGGCCGCGCCCGCCUUGUGUAAGUGGCCCGGACUGCGCCCGCCGACUACGAGCCCCUUGUACACCUCCGUUUACGUUAAGUAGGUAGGUUAACUCGUAACACGAUUCACGACAAUCAUAACACUACUAUUUUAUUACAAUUAUUUAAAUGAACUCUUGACAUGCGCUGAAUCAAAGGUAGUUAAUUUUUAUUAGGCAUCUUGUCCUAUAUUUGAAUUCGAACAUAUUUCCAUUCAGCUGUCACUAGUAUUUGGGUAAUAUGUUGAAAUGUAAUGAUUGUGAAUAAUUGAUUAAAAAACCUAUUGUUGAUGUUACAUUUAGGUAAUUUUAAAUAUUAAUAGAUAGACGAGUGUGAAUCAGUUUUUAGACGAGCUAGCUGUGUUUACCACUUUCUCUUGUCGCGAUGAUUACUGUACUGUAGUGUAAAGAUAGAUAAUAAAAAUAAUAUUUAAAAUGAUUCAAAUAUUAAAAUUAAUGAUUAUCUAUUAAUUAUUUUAACACACUUCUCAGUGUGUAUAGAAACAGAAGUGGUUUUGAGUAAUCAGUAUAAUAUUACCUUGGCGCGAUUUUCUUUUUAUUUAAUUUUAAUAUCUAAACAAAUUACAAUGAAGUAUUAAGUAUCAAUCAAUUUUGGGGAAACAUGUGGUGAUGCAGUAAUGAUGUUGACGAAACAUCCGCAUACUUACAAUUAGUAGGAAAUAGCGAAAAAUGAUCCGUUUACAAAUAAAAAUUACACAAUAAGUUGCAUAUCUAAGCGUCUAUAACAAUAUGCACUUACAUUAUGUAGUGCAAAAUUGUAGUACUUGAAUCGAACAUGUUCAUGUUCACAGUUGAUUUGACUGGUUUAAGUAGAAUGCUACAGUUAUAUUGGUUUUUGAGAAAAUCUCUCAACCGGUUUAUUCAUUUUAUGUUCGUGUACUUGCGAGGGGAUGUUAAAUAUAUUUAUGAAAAGCAAAAAAUUAUAUUACUACAAGCUUCCCAUGAGUCAUUUAAAAAUAAAAAAGUGUCGUCAGUAAGGGAACAUUUUGCCUGGAAAUGUAUUUUAAAUAAUGAAUAAGUAUUAUUAUUAAUGAUCAUUUAAAUUCGAUGAUUUAUUUUGUUGUGCUCGUUAGUAGUAUCUAACUACAGUUGAUGGUCUACAGUACGUUAAUUCAAAGUAGUAAUCUACUACUGAUACCUUACGGUCUGUUUUAUUGUUUAACCUCCAGUAAGAGGUUAGGAGUUUUUAUUAUAAUCUAAAUCAUGGAGGUUAGAGAUGAAGAGAACGAUCGCAGUAGAAAAUAGUGUCCCAGAAGUAUGGACAAAAUAAGUGAGGCGCUGCGAUCGCUAAGUUGUCUCAAUAAAAGCGGGCUAAUUUGAAAUGACCAAUGCCGCGAAGAAAAUAUGUAAAAUAUUCAACUAACCUCAUCUACUUGUACUUAUAAACAGCUAACUUCGCAAUUACUACUUACAGGCGACAGCGCGGCUGGUGGCUGAAAAUUGACCUAUAAAUUCUACAAAUUUUCAGGGUCAGGCGGGCUAUUGCUUUAGUACGUAGCGAUCGUUCUUUUUCUCUCUACCUCCAUGAUCUAAAUAAUAAAAAUCGGGGCAACAAAGCUCUAAUAGGCCAAUCUAUAACUGGAGUUUGAUUAUUGAAACUGGCCGUUUGUUUUACGAUCGAGAUCGACACAGGCGACUAUUACCUAAUGGCGGCACUUCAUAUAGAUAUUUCACAACCUAAAAAAAAAUGUUUGUGGUAAGUUCAUUUGUAGCUCUUAUUUGACAAAAAGGAUACAGAUUUGAAGUGCCACCAUAAGGUACCGGUCCUAUAAUACACAAACGUGGUAACAGAGCGGUAGAUGUGCUGUACUGUGAACUGUACAAAUAUAUAUAUUAGAAGUAUCAUGUAACUAGCAUAGCUUCAUCUCCAUGUUGUCAUACGAGACUUAAUUUAAAAGUAGAUAGAAAAUACCGUGUUGUUAAUCUUUGCCUUAUUUACGUAAUCAUAAGAGCGGUAUUGACAUUGAAUGUAUAUUCACUGUGAAAACAGUUCCCAAGGGUCGGGACAUACUGAUCGGCCUUUCGCAAUAUUGCCUGAGGAAAAGUAACAUUAUAUACACAUUGGCGUCGAUUCUAGCAUGAUUCAACACUAAAAUUAAAUUUGACAACACUGUAUCCUUGUCAUUCUCUAUACAGAAUGAAAAGGAGUGACUUAAGUUAAAUUUAGUUAUUAUUAUGUCGAUUGGCCGCUCACGGAGUCGUACGGACACGAUCCAUUGAGUCACAGGCUCAAGCACGAAUUUUUGACAGCUUCGUAACGUAUCGCAUCGUCAAGUUUCUAUGAAAUCUAAGCAGAGCCCCUAUCGGAAAUAAGAACAAACUAGCUUUUUCCACGCUAUAGAUGCACUGAUUUUAUUUAUUUACUAGCCCGCGACUUCGUCCGCGUUAACAAUUUUGUUUUUUCUAAAAUAAAAAAAGUAAAAAAUUGGAAAAAAUGUUAAAUGGGUCUAUGUACCGUAUUUAAAUUCAUAUACAUGUAGUAAAGCGCGUUUAUUUCAAUAUUACAAACAGACAUUCCAAUUUUAUUUAUAUGUAUAGAUGACGUUUCGCAUCCUUUUCAGGAUGCGUCGUCUAAAUAAUGAUUUUAUUUACUUUGUCGAGCUACCUUCUAAAGACUUAUUGAGCUCAAUAUAUUUAUUCAGACGACGCAUUCUGAAAAGGAUGCGAAACGUCAAUUAAUAAAUAAAAUCAAUGCAUCUAUACAGUUGAAAUUUGUUAUAUUAAAUGAGUGAUAUGAGCGUGAAAACCUAAGAAACAAAUAGAUUUUUCCAUACAAAAACUCGUGCUUGGGCAUCUAUGGGCAGCCUACUCAUAACAAACAGCAUACGAACAUCUAAUGACCAUUUUAUUGUUACCUUUCGAAUUCCAUGGAAAUUCUCUUGCCGAAGCAGUUAAAUAACUGCAAAUGCUGUAUUUUGUAGACUGUUAAUGCAUAUAGUAGUAUGACCAAAUGCGUUUCUGGUCAGUUCGCCACGUUCGGCGAUGAGAACGACUUUCCAAUUUAUUGUCCUGUUUGGUACGGACACAAUUCGAUCAGUGUGUUUUGACUCUUCCGUUUACAUACACCCCCAUAAAUUAAUAAACGAAGAAUAAGCUUGGACCAGUUACUCUAUGUUUUGUCUUUGUUCAUCAAAUUACAAAUGGCAUUUGAAUAUGGCAUUAUAAUAUGAACAAAACGUGGCUUAAAUAGUCUUAUUUCUCAUUUUUUAAUAAGGGGGACCGUCUAUUGUUGCACCGAGUGGUGACUAUACAUACAUUAUACGUAGUUGGCAUUUACACAUUAUAUUUUUUAACAAAAACUUAUGUGAAAAUAGGCCAUAUAUCAUCCUUUAUGGAGAGAGCUGAGCACUAUGCUAAAUUCUAUUAUAAUUAAUAUGAAUAGUUAAAUUGUGAACUAUUAUCUUUAAUAAUUUUAAUGCCCAAAACUACUAAACUUGCUGAUGUUAAUAAAUGGUGGUAUGUUUGUUUGCUGUAAUGAAUGAACACGGAAUCAUUACCUACUACAACUUAAAAGCCUGGGCUAUAGGUACCAGCAUAAGGUGAUUUUAAAAACUGAAAUGUAUUAUUUCAUAAAUGUGAAUACUGAUUUGUUUGUGUAAUUUCAAAUUCUAAUUUCAAAAAAAAAUUAACAAGAAAAGAAAGGCAAAAUUAUAAAACAACAUUGAAAUGAGAAAAAUAAAAAAAGAAAUGUGUUGAAUAAGUAAGUAUAAUUUAAGAAUAUUUUUAAGAACUGAA